CUCUUGCUGUUUGUUUAGCCACUGGUCUGCAGGCGUUUUCUUCUUCUCCUUCUAACUUCCUCUCCUGUGACAAAAGAGAUAACUAUUAGACAAACAAAAGUCCAGAAUGCUAAGGUUGCAACUUUCACUUCCUCUCACCCUUUAGCCCAGAACUGCUUUGAAUGUACCAAUUGCUGUGGGGCACCGGCUUGAGGAAGAGAAGACACCAGUGCCUCAGAAACUGCCCGGUGAAACGGUGAUAGCGAGCCACGCGUUCACAGGGCCACUGUCGCUCACAGAAGCAGUGAGGAUGAUGCCAGGAUGACGUCUGCCUUGCGCCUGGCUGGGACUCUGAUCCCAGCCAUGGCCUUCCUCUCCUGCGUGAGACCAGAAAGCUGGGAGCCCUGCGUGGAGACUUUGCCCUAAACCACACGGAAUUGCUGGCAUGAAACCCAGAGCUUUCAGACUCCGGAGCCUCAGCCCUUCACCCCUUGAUUCCAUUGCUUCUUGCUAAAUGCUGUCAUUUUAUCACAGAGGUGGUUCCUAACAUUACUUAUCAAUGCAUGGAGCUGAAUUUCUACAAAAUCCCCGACAACAUCCCCUUCUCAACCAAGAACCUGGACCUGAGCUUUAAUCCCCUGAGGCAUUUAGGCAGCUAUAGCUUCCUCCGUUUUCCAGAACUGCAGGUGCUGGAUUUAUCCAGGUGUGAAAUCCAGACAAUUGAAGAUGGGGCAUAUCAGAGCCUAAGCCACCUCUCCACCUUAAUAUUGACAGGAAACCCCAUCCAGAGUUUAGCCCUGGGAGCCUUUUCUGGACUAUCAAGUUUACAGAAGCUGGUGGCUGUGGAGACAAAUCUAGCAUCUCUAGAGAACUUCCCCAUUGGACAUCUCAAAACUUUGAAAGAACUUAAUGUGGCUCACAAUCUUAUCCAGUCUUUCAAAUUACCUGAGUAUUUUUCUAAUCUGACCAAUCUAGAGCACUUGGAUCUUUCCAGUAACAAGAUUCAAAAUAUUUAUUGCAAAGACGUGCAGGUUCUACAUCAAAUGCCCCUACCCAAUCUCUCUUUAGACCUGUCCCUGAACCCUAUAAACUUUAUCCAACCAGGUGCAUUUAAAGAAAUUAGGCUUCGUAAGCUGACUUUGAGAAGUAAUUUUGAUGAUUUAAAUGUAAUGAAAACUUGUAUUCAAGGUCUGGCUGGUUUAGAAGUCCAUCGUUUGGUUCUGGGAGAAUUUAGAAAUGAAAGAAACUUGGAAGAGUUUGACAAAUCUGCUCUGGAGGGAUUGUGCAAUUUGACCAUUGAAGAAUUCCGAUUAACAUACUUAGACUACUACCUCAAUAAUAUUAUUGACUUAUUUAAUUGUUUGACAAAUGUUUCUUCAUUUUCCCUGGUGAGUGUGAAUAUUAAAGGGGUAGAAGACUUUUCUUAUAAUUUCAGAUGGCAACAUUUAGAAUUAGUUAACUGUAAAUUUGAACAGUUUCCCACAUUGGAACUCGAAUCUCUCAAAAGGCUUACUUUCACUGCCAACAAAGGUGGGAAUGCUUUUUCAGAAGUUGAUCUACCAAGCCUUGAGUUUCUAGAUCUCAGUAGAAAUGGCUUGAGUUUCAAAGGUUGCUGUUCUCAAAGUGAUUUUGGGACAACCAGCCUAAAGUAUUUAGAUCUGAGCUUCAAUGAUGUUAUUACCAUGGGUUCAAACUUCUUGGGCUUAGAACAACUAGAACAUCUGGAUUUCCAGCAUUCCAAUUUGAAACAGAUGAGUCAAUUUUCAGUAUUCCUAUCACUCAGAAACCUCAUUUACCUUGACAUUUCUCAUACUCACACCACAGUUGCUUUCAAUGGCAUCUUCGAUGGCUUGCUCAGUCUCAAAGUCUUAAAAAUGGCUGGCAAUUCUUUCCAGGAAAACUUCCUUCCAGAUAUCUUCACAGAUCUGAAAAACUUGACCUUCCUGGACCUCUCUCAGUGUCAACUGAAGCAUUUGUCUCCAACAGCAUUUGACACACUCAACAAGCUUCAGGUACUAAAUAUGAGCCACAACAACUUCUUUUCAUUGGAUAUGUUUCCUUAUAAGUCUCUGCCCUCCCUCCAGGUUCUCGAUUACAGUCUCAAUCACAUAAUGACUUCCAAAAACCAGGAACCUCAGCGUUUUCCAAGUAGUCUAGCUUUCUUAAAUCUUACUCAGAAUGACUUUGCUUGUACUUGUGAACACCAGAGUUUCCUGCAGUGGAUCAAGGAGCAGAGGCAGCUCUUGGUGGAAGCUGAACGAAUGGAAUGUGCAACACCUUCAGAUAAACAGGGCAUGCCGGUGCUGAGUUUGAAUAUUACCUGUCAGAUGAAUAAGACCAUCAUUGGUGUGUCUGUGUUCAGUGUGCUUGUGGUAUCUGUUGUAGCAGUUCUGGUCUAUAAGUUCUAUUUUCACCUGAUGCUUCUUGCUGGCUGCAUAAAGUAUGGUAGAGGUGAAAACAUCUAUGAUGCCUUUGUUAUCUACUCAAGCCAGGAUGAGGACUGGGUAAGGAAUGAGCUAGUAAAGAAUUUAGAAGAAGGGGUGCCUCCCUUUCAGCUCUGCCUUCACUACAGAGACUUUAUUCCCGGUGUGGCCAUUGCUGCAAACAUCAUCCAUGAAGGUUUCCAUAAAAGCCGAAAGGUGAUUGUUGUGGUGUCCCAGCACUUCAUCCAGAGCCGCUGGUGUAUCUUUGAAUAUGAGAUUGCUCAGACCUGGCAGUUUCUGAGCAGUCGUGCAGGCAUAAUCUUCAUUGUCCUGCAGAAGGUGGAGAAGACCCUGCUCAGGCAGCAGGUGGAGCUGUACCGCCUUCUCAGCAGGAACACUUACCUGGAGUGGGAAGACAGUGUCCUGGGGCAGCACAUCUUCUGGAGACGACUCAGAAAAGCCCUGCUGGAUGGCAGAUCGUGGAAUCCAGAAGAACAGUGGGUACAGGAUGCAAUUAGCAAGAAGCAACAACUAUCUGAAGAGGAAAAAUAAAAAACUCCUGAGGCAUUUCUUGCCCAGCUGGGCCCAACACUCGCUCAGUUAAUAAGUAUUAAAUGCUGGCACAUGCCAGGCCUUAUGCUAAGGGCAAGUCAUUCCAUGGUGCACAAGAUAUGCGGGGUUGCUAAUCUCAAGGAGCUUCCAGUGCAGAGGGAAUACAUGCUAGAUUAAAAUACAGAGCCUUCCAGGUGGGCGUUUCAACCCACUCAGCCAAGAAACCUAUGACAGAGAAAGUCAUUUCAACUCUUACCUCAUCACGUUGAAUAAAGACAGAGAAAGCAGAAAGAGACAUUGUUCUUCUCCUGAGUCUUUUGAAUGGAAAUUAUAUUAUGUAUUAUGUUAUAGCCAUCAUAAAACCAUUUUGGUAGUUUUGACUGAACUGAGUGUUCACUUUUUCCUUUUUGAUUGAAUACAAUUUAAAUUCUACUUGAUGACUUCAGUGGGCUCCUGAUGCAAGAUGCCCCUUCAAUUUUAAGUCAGUCUCCUUACAGAGGUUAAGGUCUAGUGGCUAAUUCCUAAGGAAACCUGAUUAACACAUGCCCACAACCAUCCUGGUCUUUCUCGAGCAUGUUCUGUUUUUUCACUAAUCACCCCUGAUAAAUUUUUAUUUUUAUAUAUCAAGUUUUCAUUUUUUUAUGUCUUGCCUAUAAGCCAAUAUCAUAAAUAAGGUUGUUUGAGACCUGCUUCAAAUAUCCACAUUUAUUUAACCACUAUUUUUCAAGGAAGUAUGUAAAGUACCUUCUGUCACUUUGUCACUCGAUGUCAUUGCAAAGUUAUUGCCUACUAAGUUAUGACAGUCUGAAAGCAGCAUUGAAAUAAUUUGUUUAAAGGGGGCACUUUUUUUAACAGGGGAAGAAAUUUUCUGCUUCCUGUUUUUAUCAUGGACAAUUUGGGUUAGAGGCAGGAAGGAAGUGGGAUGACCUCAGGAGGUCACUUUUUCUUGAUUCCAGAAACACGGACUGAUAAACCUGGGGUGACCUCAUGAAAUGAGUUGCAGCAGAAGUCUAUUUUGUUUUUUCAGAACAAGUGAUGUUUGAUGGAUCUCUGAAUCUCUGCAGAGAGACAUAGAGGGCUGGGAUCCCUCCUGUGUACCCUCUUCACUGCCAGGAGAACUGCUUGUGAAGGGAUUCAAGGCAGGAAGUAUACAUUGCUGUUUCCUGUUGGGCAAUGCUCCCUGACUACAUUUUGGAAAGAGUGGAUGUUAUCACUGAGAAAACAAUGUGUCUGGAAUUAAUGGGAUUCAUAUAAAGAAGGUUCCCAGAAAGCAAUGUUCAUCCAGCUUCCCCAGAAACAGAACAUUCAAGAAAAGGACAAUGAGGAUGUCAUCAGGGAAAUGAAAAUAAAAACCACAAUGCGAUAUCACCUUAUACCAGGUAGAGUGGCUACUAUAAAAAAAAAAUGAAGUAUCAUCAAGGAUAUAGAGAAAUUGGAACCCUUCUACACUGCUGGUGGGAGUGGAAAAUGAUGUAGCCAUUGUGAAAAACAGUAUGGAGUUUUCUCAAAAAUUAAAAAUAGAACUACUAUAUGAUCCAGCAAUCUCACUUCUGUAUAUAUACCCAAAAUAAUUGAAAUCAGAAUUUCAAGAAAAUAUUUACACUCCCAUGUUCAUUGCAGCACUGUUCACAAUCACUGUUUCCAAAGUUAUGGAAACAACCCAAAUUUCCAUUGAAAAAUAAAUGGACAAAGAAAAUGUGCAUACAUAUACAAUGGGAUAUUAUUCAGCCUAAAAAAGGGGGAAUCCUACGAUUUAUGACAACAUGAAUAAAACUGGAGGCCAUUAUGCUAUGUAAAAUAAGCAAGUAACAGAAAGACAAACACUGCCUGAUUUCACUUAUAUGAGGUUCUAAAAUAGUCAAACUCAUAGAAGCGAGAAUAGGACAGUGGUUCCUAGGGAAAAGGAGGAAGGGAGAAAUGAAGAAAUAGGGAGUUGUCUAAUUGGUAUAAAAUUAUAGUAUGCAAGAUGAAUUAGCCCUAAAGAUCAGCUGUACAGCAGAGUUCCUAUAAUUAACAAUAGUGUAUUAUGCACUUAACAUUUUGUUAAGAGGUUAGAUCUCAUGUUAAGUGUUCUUACCAUAUAUAUAUACACAAAGAAGCUUUUGGAGGUGAUGGAUAUAUUUAUUACCUUGAUUGUGGUGAUGGUUUCACAGGUAUGUGAAACUAUGUCUAAACUCAUCAAAUUAUAUAUAUUAAAUAUAUGCAGUUUUAUAAUAUCAAUUAUAUCUGAAUGAAGUUAUAAAAAAGAAAAGACAACAAAAUUCAGUUGUCAAAACUGGAAAUAUGACCACACUCAGAAGUGUUUGUUACUGAGUGUUUCGGAGUGUGUUUGGUUUGAGCAGGUCUAGGGUGAUUGAGCAUCCCUGGGUGUGUUUCUAUGUCUCAUGUACUAGUGAAAGUAGAUGUGUGCAUUUGUGCACAUCUCCCUGUGUAUCCUCAUCAGGGCUGUAUGUAUUCGAAAGUGUGUGUCUCCAUGAUCAUAUCUGUAUAGUAGAGAGUGUGAUUCUAUUUCUUGAAGAAUACAUCCAUUUGAAGUGGAUGUCUAUGGCUGUUUGAGAUGGGUUCUCUACUCUUGUGCUUGUACAGCAGUCUCCCCUUAUCUCAUAUGCUUGGUGGAUAUGUUAUUAGACCCCAAGUGGGUCUCUGAGACCCCAGAUGGUACCAAACCUCAUAUAUGUAAUAUGUUUUCCUAUACAUAAAUAGCUAAGAUAAAGUUCAUUUUCUGAAUUAGGCACAGUAAGAGAUUAACAACAACUAAUAAUAAAAUUGAAUAGUUACAAUAAUAUAUUGUAAUAAAAGUUAUGUGAAUGUGA